GCAGCUUUCAGCCGUGCCCCGGUCCCCAUGGCUGUGGUCCGAAGGGAGCUGUCCUGCGAGAGUUACCCCAUAGAGCUUCGCUGCCCGGGAACAGAUGUUAUCAUGAUUGAAAGUGCCAACUACGGGAGGACUGAUGAUAAAAUCUGUGACUCUGAUCCUGCUCAGAUGGAGAAUAUCCGCUGUUAUCUGCCAGAUGCCUAUAAGAUUAUGACUCAAAGAUGCAGUAAUCGGACCCAAUGUGCAGUUGUCGCUGGCCCUGAUGUGUUUCCAGACCCUUGCCCUGGGACGUACAAGUACCUGGAAGUGCAGUAUGAAUGUGUCCCUUACAAAGUGGAACAAAAAGUUUUUCUUUGCCCUGGACUGCUGAAAGGAGUAUACCAGAGCGAACACUUAUUCGAAUCUGACCACCAAUCUGGUGCCUGGUGCAAGGACCCUCUGCAGGCAUCUGACAAGAUCUACUACAUGCCCUGGACGCCGUACCGGACGGACACACUGACGGAGUACUCCUCCAAGGACGACUUCAUUGCCGGGAGGCCAACCACGACCUACAAACUCCCGCACCGGGUGGACGGCACGGGGUUCGUGGUGUAUGACGGGGCUUUGUUCUUCAACAAGGAACGAACCAGGAACAUAGUCAAGUUUGACUUACGGACAAGGAUAAAAAGCGGGGAGGCUAUCAUAGCUAAUGCAAAUUACCAUGACACUUCUCCCUACCGCUGGGGAGGCAAGUCUGAUAUAGACCUGGCUGUGGAUGAGAACGGGCUGUGGGUAAUCUAUGCAACAGAACAAAAUAAUGGCAAAAUAGUCAUUAGCCAGUUAAACCCUUACACGUUAAGGAUUGAAGGGACGUGGGAUACUGCCUAUGAUAAGAGGUCAGCUUCUAACGCCUUCAUGAUCUGUGGGAUUUUAUAUGUGGUGAAGUCUGUGUAUGAAGAUGAUGACAAUGAAGCCACAGGGAAUAAAAUAGACUACAUAUAUAACACUGACCAAAGCAAGGAUAGCAUGGUGGAUGUGCCCUUUCCAAACUCCUACCAGUACAUUGCUGCUGUGGAUUAUAAUCCCCGGGACAACCUCCUUUACGUAUGGAACAACUAUCAUGUCGUGAAAUAUUCCUUGGAUUUUGGCCCGCUGGACAGCAGAGCAGGGCAGGCUCACCAUGGGCAGGUUUCCUACAUAGCCCCACCGAUCCACCUUGAUUCAGAUCUGGAGAGACCGCCAUCCAAGGUAUCGACAUCGGGGGCUCUGGGCCCGGGGAGCACCACUGCCAGCACCACACCACGAGUGGCCACCAGCAGCACUGGCCGCCCCACCACGACCUCGGCCUCGGGCAGGAAGAACAGGAGCACCAGCACACCGUCACCCAUGGCUGACGUCCCCGAUGAAAUGACCACGCACCUCCCACCCGCCUCCUCCCAGCUGCCACCGGCUGGCGCGGAGAGCUGCGACCCCAUGGAAGCCCGCGAUAUUAUGUGGUCUCGGACUCGGCAGGGCCAGGUGGCGAAGCAGCCGUGUCCCAUGGGCUCGAUAGGUGUUGCAACUUUCCGGUGCCUUGUGCCAGAUGGGAUCUGGGAGCCCCAAGGACCUGAUCUCAGCAACUGCUCUUCUCCCUGGAUCAACCACAUCACUCAGAAGAUGAAGUCGGGGGAGAUGGCUGCCAACAUUGCCCGGGAGCUUGCGGAGCAUACAAAAAACCACUUGUACGCUGGUGACAUCGCAUACUCUGUGUCCGCCAUGGUCCAGCUGGUGAACUUGCUUGACGUGCAGCUCCGAAACCUGACUCCGGGAGGGAAGGACAGUGCUGCACGCAGCUUAAAUAAGCUUCAGAAAAGGGAGCGCUCUUGCAGGGCCUAUGUCCAGGCCAUGGUGGAGACGGUGAACAACCUCCUGCAGCCACAGGCUCUGAAUGCAUGGAGGGACCUGAACGCAAGCGAACAGCAGCGUGCAGCCACCAAGUUACUUGACACCGUGGAGGACAGUGCCUUUGUGCUGGCUGAUAACCUGCUGAAGACAGACAUCGUCCGGGAAAACACUGACAAUAUCCAGCUGGAAGUUGCGAGACUGAGCACAGAUGGGAAUCUGGAAGAUCUGAAGUUUCCCCAGAACAUGGGCCACGGGAGCACCAUUCAGCUGUCAGCAAAUACCUUGAAACAAAAUGGUCGAAAUGGUGAAAUCAGGGUGGCUUUUGUGCUGUACAACAACCUGGGCACCUAUCUCUCCACGGAGAACGCCAGCAUGAAGUUGGGAACAGAAGCAAUGUCGACUAAUCACUCCGUCAUUGUCAACUCCCCUGUCAUCACGGCCGCAAUAAACAAAGAGUUCAGCAAUAAGGUUUACCUAGCUGAUCCUGUGGUGUUUACUGUCAAGCACAUCAAGCAGUCAGAAGAAAAUUUCAAUCCAAACUGUUCAUUCUGGAGCUAUACAAAGCGUACAAUGACAGGGUAUUGGUCCACCCAGGGAUGUCGCCUCCUGACAACUAACAAGACGCACACCACGUGCUCCUGCAAUCACCUAACCAACUUUGCGGUCCUGAUGGCACACGUGGAAGUUAAGCACAGCGAUGCAGUCCAUGACCUGCUCCUGGACUUUAUCACGUGGGUUGGCAUCCUGCUUUCUCUGGUCUGCCUCCUGAUCUGCAUCUUCACCUUCUGCUUCUUCCGUGGGCUGCAGAGUGACCGCAACACGAUUCACAAGAACUUGUGCAUCAGCCUUUUCGUGGCAGAACUCCUCUUCCUCAUUGGCAUCAACCGGACUGACCAGCCGAUUGCCUGUGCCGUCUUUGCUGCCCUCCUGCACUUCUUCUUCCUGGCAGCUUUCACCUGGAUGUUCCUGGAGGGGGUGCAGCUCUACAUCAUGCUGGUGGAGGUUUUCGAGAGCGAACACUCCCGGAGGAAGUACUUCUAUUUGGUCGGCUAUGGCAUGCCUGCACUGAUUGUGGCCGUAUCAGCAGCAGUGGACUACCGGAGCUAUGGCACGGACAAAGUAUGUUGGCUCCGACUUGACACCUACUUCAUUUGGAGCUUUAUAGGACCGGCGACCUUGAUAAUUAUGCUUAAUGUCAUCUUCCUUGGGAUCGCUCUCUAUAAAAUGUUUCAUCAUACUGCCAUACUGAAACCUGAAUCUGGAUGUCUUGACAAUAUCAACUAUGAGGAUAACAGACCCUUCAUCAAGUCCUGGGUUAUAGGUGCAAUAGCCCUACUCUGCCUAUUAGGACUGACCUGGGCGUUCGGACUCAUGUAUAUUAAUGAAAGCACAGUCAUCAUGGCGUAUCUCUUCACCAUAUUCAAUUCUCUGCAGGGAAUGUUUAUAUUCAUUUUCCAUUGUGUCCUCCAGAAAAAGGUACGUAAAGAGUAUGGAAAAUGCCUGCGCACACAUUGCUGUAGUGGGAAAAGUACAGAGAGCUCUAUCGGCUCAGGAAAAACCUCGGGGUCACGGACACCUGGAAGAUAUUCCACAGGCUCACAGAGCCGGAUUCGUAGGAUGUGGAAUGACACAGUUCGAAAGCAGUCCGAGUCUUCCUUUAUUACUGGAGAUAUAAACAGUUCAGCUUCACUCAACAGAGGAGCCAUGGCUAAUCAUCUUAUAACCAAUGCUCUGCUUCGUCCUCAUGGCACUAACAACCCUUAUAAUACAUUGCUCGGGGAAUCGGCGGUCUAUAACAACCCUUCUGUCAGCAUGUACAACGCACAAGAGGGGCUUCUGAACAAUGCCAGGGAUACAAGUGUCACGGAUACUCUACCACUGAAUGGUAAUCACGGCAACAGCUACAGCAUCGCCAGCGGCGAGUACCUCAGCAACUGCGUGCAAAUCCUUGACCGCGGGUACAACCACACCGAGAACGCCCUCGAGAAAAAGAUCCUGAAGGAACUCACCUCCAACUACAUCCCUUCCUACCUGAACAACCAUGAGCGCUCCAGCGAGCAGAGCCGCAACCUGAUGAACAAACUCGUCAACAGCGUGGGCGGCGGGAGCGAGGACGACGCCAUCGUGCUGGACGACGCCACCUCCUUCACCCAUGAGGAGAGCCUGGGCUUGGAGCUCAUCCACGAGGAGUCGGACGCCCCGCUGCUGCCCCCCCGGGUGUACUCGGCGGACAACCACCAGCCCCACCUCUACAGCCGGCGGCGCAUCCCACAAGACAACAGUGAGAGCUUUUUCCCCUUGCUGACCAACGAGCACACGGACGACCUCCAGUCGCCCAACAGGGAUUCUCUCUACACCAGUAUGCCCGCGCUGGCCGGCAUGCCCAUGACAGAAAGCGUCACCGCCAGCACCCAGACCGAUCCCCCGCCAGCCAAAAGCGGUGGCGGCGACACCGAUGAUGUUUACUACAAAAGCAUGCCCAACCUCGGCUCCAGGAACCACGUCCAUCAGCUACACACUUACUACCAGCUAGGUCGAGGCAGCAGCGACGGUUUUAUAGUCCCGCCAAACAAAGAGGGAACGCCCCCGGACGGCAAUGCAAAAGGACCUGCUCACUUGGUCACUAGUCUAUAGAAAAUUCAGCAAAAAUUAAGCAAAGAGACAACAAAAAGCCCCUCCGUAAUGCUCGGUUUACUGUUCUGAGUUAAUCCAAACAGUGGUAAUAUUGUGUGUACUCCUAAAUCUUCAUGCUGUUCGAAAGGAAACUCUCGGACUUUUUUUACUGGAAUUUUUAGGCUGGCCCGGAGAGGACAGUAACUGCUGCCCCCCCCGCCCCUCCCCCCAUCCUCCGUCCCUCCAGACAGACUUCAUUAUGUUAAUGAAAGAGAUAGAUAACGGCACACUUCAUGGCCUUCUCAAGUUAUGCCGUGUUUGUUUAAACAAUCCUUGAUGCUGUGUUGCUCUUAAUACCGAGGACCUGAUUUAAGAGGGAAAAAAAAAAAACCAAACAAAAAAAGCAAAGGAAAAAAAAAUAAAUAAAAGGCCAAAAAUGUGCAUUUGAAACUAGUGGCGAUGACGCAUCUAGGUGGGAGCGCUGCACAAAAACAAGCUAGCAAAACUCUUUCUUACCAAUCCAGAUCACGUCAUGGGUUUUGGUCACUCACAACCUGGUUUCACCGCAGCGCCCUUUGCUGCGGGAGCAAACAAACAAACAAAAAAAUUUAAUGAGACGGAAGGGAAUCCUAGAAUUGUGUGCUAAAGGCAUAUUUUACGUUUUGCUGUAUUAACGGAUGAUAAAAACUAAUGGCAGAAAAAGAGAAGCGAACAAUUUCUAUGUAAUGUACAGAUACUAGCAUUGCACAUAUAGUCUGCUUUCUGUUCCUCCAGAACU